UUGCUAAGGAUGCAUUAGCCCCAGCUGUUAUCAAUGAACAGGCAAAAUUGUUAUUAGAGGUAAUACAACAUCCCUUUUUUUGUAUGUUUUGUAUUAGGUAUAAUAGGAAUGAAAAAAUACCUUGAAAAUAAUAAUUGAAGUAAUUGAACAUGGCAGACUCAUUUGCUAAAGAAGAUCAAAUUAUAUCAGAUGAUGAAGAUGUAAAUGAAAAGACAAAAAUUUUGAGUGUUAAUGUCCAUGCUUAUAAACAAUCAGCAUCCUGCUAUGUUUACAUGCUGUCAUUGUUUGCUGCACUUGGUGGUUUUUUAUUCGGCUAUGACACUGGCGUAAUAUCAGGUGCCAUGAUACCACUCAAAAAACAUUUUGACCUAUCAAACGAAUUACAAGAAGCUGUUGUCAGUAUUACAGUUGGUGGUGCAAUAUUAGGUUCUUUGACAGCUGGUUUUGUUAGCCAAAAGUUUGGUAGACGUCCUGUUUUGUUAAUUGCGUCAUUUGGGUGUUCAAUUGGUGCUGUUAUAACAGGAAUAGCAGGAAUUAUAUGGGUGUUACUUCUUGGAAGGUUUGUUGUUGGCUUAGGAAUUGGAUAUGCAAGUGCAACGGUACCUGUUUAUAUUGCUGAAGCGGCACCUGCUCAUAAACGAGGUCAACUUGUGACUGUCAAUCAACUGUUCAUUACUUUGGGGUUCCUGCUGGCCAAUGUAGUUAACGCUGCAUUUACUUAUGUAAAAGAAGAAAGUUGGAGAUUUAUGCUUGGUGUUGCCGGUAUUCCAUCAAUUAUAAUGUUUUUUGGUUUCUUAUGUAUGCCUGAAAGUCCAAGAUGGCUUAUCAGUCAAGGUCGGACAGAUGAAGCCAAAAAAGUGCUGUCUAAUUUGAUGAAAAAAAAUGUCAGUCAAGAAAUAGAGGACAUUUCAAAGGCAAUCUCAUUGUCCAGGAGACGCAGUGCUGAUUCAAGGAAUAUAUUUGUACGUGUAUUCAAGACACAGACAACAAGACGUGCGGUACUGGUUGGAUGUGGAUUACAAGCUUUUCAACAGUUCUGCGGAAUCAACACCGUUAUGUAUUACAGUGCUACCAUUAUUGAAAUGGCUGGUGUGAGCGACCAAACCCAAAUUAUUUGGCUUGCUGCUGCUGUUGCCAGUAGCAACUUCCUUUUUACGUUAAUAAGCAUAAUGUUUAUUGAAAAAGUUGGCCGCCGUAAAUUGACACUUGCUAGUAUGCUUGGUGUAACUGUAGCUUUGUGUUUGUUGGCUGGUACAUUUAUUCUUUUGAAAAGCGAUUCACCUAAAUCAACAUUUCAAGGUCCUAGUAAAUACACGCAAGGCUGCGCCUCAUAUAAUCAAUGUUUUUCAUGUGUUCAAGAUAAAUCCUGUGGAUUUUGUUUCACACAGAGAGAUACAGAGUUCUUAAAUGGUAUAUGUUUGAGUAUUGACGCGAAAAAUGAUAACCAUAGAUCGAAAUUUUGUAACCAUUCCAAUUUCUAUCCAUCGAAAGUUUCAUUAAGUUGGUCAGAGAAUGUUUGUCCAACUUCGUAUGCUUGGUUGGCUGUUACUGCCAUGAUUUUUUACUUAGCAAUUUUUGCACCUGGCUUAGGACCCAUGCCUUGGGCAAUCAAUGCAGAAAUUUAUCCACUAUGGGCAAGAAGUUUUGGAACAUCAGCUUCAACGGCUACCAACUGGUUUUGCAAUUUACUUGUUUCGUUGACAUUUUUAAAUAUAAUGGAUUGGUUGACUCGCCCUGGUGCGUUUUUCUUAUACGCAUGUAUAACAUUGCUUGGUUUUAUAUUUCUGGCUGUGUUUUUACCUGAAACCAAAGGGAAGAAGCUGGAGGAAGUAGAGGAAUUGUUCAGUAGGUGAAAUAUUUUAUAUCAAGGAUUUAUAGAUUUUUCAUGUAGCCAUUAGAUUUUUUCAUGUAGCUAUUUUUCAUAUUAUUGUGUUUUUUAUGUUUUCAUAAUAUUAGUGUACCCAGAUAUUAAAUUUUUAAAGGUUAUUCUGGUUUUGUACGGUUAGAAAAAGAAUUUUUUUAUUGUCAUUAUAUAGGGAA